AUGAGCCGCGAUACUCCCCUGCCGAAGCAGCAGAAGCUGCUGACGCCUCCGAACGCAGUGGAGAUCAUAAAUCAUCCGCCCAACUCCAAACUGGAGGUAAAGGAGAGCGAGGAUGUGACGUUGGAGUGCCAGGUGAAGAAUGCGAAGCCGGCAGCCAGGAUUGUCUGGUACCGGGGCAACGUCGAGAUAAGGGGAGACAGAGUUUCCAGUGAGGAGGUUAAAGAAGUGGAAAGCCCCAAUGGCAAUCCCAAGCUAACGAGGUUCACCACGAUAUCAAGGGUCCAUUUCAAGGCGACGGCUGACGACGACUACGCGGAUUUCACAUGCGAGGCCAGGCACGAGGCGUUGCAGCGGGACGUACCUAUGCGGAGCACUGUACAGCUCAGCGUGCUGUAUCCACCCGGAGCGCCCUACAUCGAGGGUUACGCUGAGGGGGAGACGGUGAGACGUGGCCAGAGCUUGGAGUUGGUUUGCCGAAGCCGAGGAGGAAAUCCACCAGCACAACUCAUCUGGUACAAGAACGGAGAGCAGAUACGCAUGGCUUACAGAACCAGCGGCAGGAUGUCGGAGAACGUCCUCUCGUUCAAAGCGGACGCGUCCGAUAACAAGGCCCGGUACACUUGCGAGGCUAAGAACGUCAUGAUCAGUAACACCCUGAAGGCCGAGAUAGACCUAACUGUACUUUUUGCUCCGGCACACGUGACUAUAUCUGGUCCCUCGGAGGCCAGAGUCGGGGACCCCGUACCCCUGAGUUGCAGCACCGCCCCCUCCAAUCCCGCCGCCGACGUCAAAUGGGUAGUACUUGGCAAGCAUCAUAAAGAAGCCAGCAACAGAACUGUCAUAUCUCCGGAGGGUGGAUGGAUAACAACGUCCAACAUCACCGUCGUGGUGGAGCCGAAUAAGCGGUCGAUAGUUGUCGUCUGCCACGGCAUCAACGCGCAACUCACGGAGAACGUCGUGUCUACCCACACCAUCAACGUUCUGUAUCCACCAAGUGCACCCAUGAUUACUGGAUACAUUCCGGGCACGACUCUGGCUGCCGGCACGGUGCAGAAGCUAUCCUGCAUUUCCACUGGCGGGAACCCCCUUGCCACGCUGACUUGGUUUAAGAACGAUAAGAAGAUACACUCCGUGUCGAAGCAGACUGACAAAUCAGUUUCGGCCGAGAUAUCGAUACUGACGAAUGUCACAGACAACCAGGCCCAGUACAGGUGCGAAGCGACCAACAGCGCCACGGAAAUUCCCCUGUUCGAAACUGUCACGUUAAACGUCCACUUUGCACCAGAAGCGGUAAAAGUGAGGGCCGAGCCAGCGGAACUGAAACCUGGAAUUGAGGCGACCUUGUACUGCGACGCAGCUUCCAGCAAUCCACCCGCAACGUUAUCUUGGUGGCGAGAUGGUAUACCAGUGCAAGGUCUCCCAAUGCAGCUGAAGAAGGGUCUUCACGGCGGCACAGUUUCAACGAUAGAGCUAAAGUUGAACAUCAGCAAGGACCUCAAUGGAGCUGUGUACACCUGUCAAGCGAUGAACGAAGCCUUACAGAGGAGCGUCCACGACGCCUUAACUUUGAAAGUUCUCUAUGCCCCUAUUUUCGACGAGACGACUCCGUACACGACAGUUGGUGUGGAGAACGAGCCGCUGGUAAUCGUCCUCAGAGCUGAUGGCAACCCUAGCAGCAUCACCUACACCUGGACCAAAGACGGCCUGCCCAUCACGCAGUCUUCGUAUAGCAGCUCAAACGACAGAAUAAUAUCCGAGGGCAGUAUGCUGAAUAUGACGCGGCUGUCUAGACACGAUGCCGGCAUUUACACGUGCGAGGCGGUCAACUCUCAAGGAGCGGCUACAGUCAACAUAACCGUUUCGGUUCAUUAUCCCGCGGGAAUAAGAAGCGUGUCACAAAUUGGAAUAGCGAAUCCAAAUGAAGAUGCCGUGUUGGCAUGCCAAGCAGCUGGCAAUCCGUUGACAGCGGAACACAUAAGGUGGGAAAAGAAAGGCUACAGCAUCGACCCUAAAACGGUGUCUUUCGACGCGAGGAACAUCACCAGCUUUUUGACGGUGGAGCGGGCUACGCGCGAGGACGUUGGCAACUUCCAAUGUAUCGUGGACAACGGGAUCGGCGGUGAGACGCGGCAGGAAGCGAUGCUGGUGGUGAAAUUCAAACCGGAAAUGGACUCGUCGCCAGGACUGAUCAAGUCCGCGUCGAACGUCGGCCAAGUGGGGCGGCUUACGUGCAGAUGCAAAGCGGCCCCCGCCCCCAACUUCACCUGGUCGAAGGGUGGAGCUAAACUGCCCGUGAACGCUUCAACUAAAUACUUCGCUGAAUACCGGAAGUCAGACCCUAUUACCUACACAUCGGUUCUACUGAUCAGUGACGUCACAACAUCAGAUUACGGCUCUUACGAGUGUGGCGCUAGGAAUGACCUAGGCUUCAGCACCACCUCCGUCAAAUUGGAUAUCACCAGCGCCCCAGAUUUGGUAUCGUCACUAACAGUAACUAAUGUCACACACAACUCUGCCACUCUGACAUGGGUUCCUGGUUUCGACGGUGGUCUGCCGUCGUGGUUCAGGAUUCGAUAUCGGAAAAUUUACGACGAAGCGUACAAAUACGAGGACGUUUCCCCGAGGAACGCCACUUCCUACACCGUAGGCGGACUGGAGAGGGGCACUGACUACGUGUUCUCUGUGAUGGCUAUAAACAAGAUAGGCCAGAGCAAAUACCGGCCGGACGACACCAAAGCUACGACACUUACUUCGUCAGAAAUAGGAGAGUUAAACGUAGUGUCAACAGAGUACGUAGAGUCGACAGACGUAUCGAAGUCCGUGACGCUUUACGUUUGCGUGACCGGCGCCGUCUUGGUGCUGAUUAACGCCGCUUUAGUCGCUUGUUUUAUUUUCAAAAGACGCGCGAGACGACUGAAAGAGCAAGCGGGCCAAUCUUCAAAAUCAGCGACAAUCGAGAUGUACGCACCAUCGUCGUACAACGACACGAUGACAGGCGAAACUCUCAGCUCCGUCUCGGAGAAGUCCGAGACGUAUUCGCAAGACGAAGGAGUCGACGACCGUCCACCGCCGCCUAUACCGGAAGUGCCGUCGAUGCCUAAUCGCCACAUGCUGAAUCAGACGGACACGUACCUCGCGGACGAGUCGGGGCUGCUGCCACCGCCGCUGGACUACCCGCCGCCGAACUACGCGGCGUACGACGGAGAGCACGCGCGCACCCUUCCGCACGCGCCGCACACGCACCGAACCCGCGACCCCGGCCACAGCACCCUCGGCCGCGCCGGCAAACAGAACUACGUGGCGGCACCGAGUCCAAUGCCACCCCUGGAUGGCUCUUACUACAACAUGGCAUCUGACAGAUACUUAUCCUACCCACCACUUAUUGGCGAAUAUUUACAACAGCAAUCUGGCAGAACACCUACGCCGCCGCAACAAUACGGGGCACAACCGCUGCCUAAACCGCAUUUGGUAAACGGGGGAGUCCCGGGUGGGUCACCAUCACACAUGACCAGUCCGCCCCUCAGCUACGGAUUGGACGGUCUAGACCGACAGUCGGCGGGUGGCACACUACGGCGGCAGCGAUUAGACAAAAUGGCCGUGCCGCCACCUGACGUCACGGUGUUACACCAAGGCAACUGCAAUCAGCACAGCCCGAUGCCGCCGCCGGCGCGGCAGCCGCAGUCAAUCCUGAAGGACCCCUCGCGGCACAAAUACGGUGCCGGCAGCCAGAUACUGACCGUUCAGAACCUGGGCGAAGCUCCCCAGUACGGCACCAUCAGGAAGGAGCCGAAAAAGCAGAGCGUCACCAUCGACGAGGGCUUCGGCCAGAGCGAGACGCACGUGGUG